AUGCCGUCCUGGUCUGACCGUCCUCUACCGCCCAUCCCUCCGAUCUCGACCUCUAGCAGCGCUACCAAUCUUUCACACUCUUCACCAGGAGCUGGCCCGGAAGGUAGCUCGCGUCGCCAGCUUCGGCCUCGCGAUGCUCCCAAUAUGCCAUCCAUAACCGAGAGCGUGCCCAAGAACCAUCCUCGGGGACACAACCGCUCGAUCAGCAACCCGUUCGCCGGUUUCGGACGAAAGCGUGACAAGACAGCUGUCAAGUACGAGACUUUUGACUCGGAAGACGAGGAUGACGAUGUCACAUACCCCAUCGAGCCCGAGUCGUCGAGCCCUCGGAAAGGGGCAAUCCACGGAGGACAUUCUAGUGAUCUUGCCCAGGGCAAGUGCCAGACGUGCGAUGCUACUGUGCGGUGGCCCAAGAACUUGAAGGUCUUCCGCUGUACAGACUGCCUGAUGGUUACCGAUCUUGAGCCGGAUGUUCGUGAGUCGAAAGAUACUGUACACAGCGUAUCUCAUUUGUCGGCUCAUCAGACUCGUGGCAUGAUCGGAGGGUGCCUAAACACGUAUUUCGAAAGCCUUCUAGAUGAAGGCUCUCGGUCAUGGUUGUCGCUGGACGACGACAAAUACGAAAAACCGAAGCAAGAUCCAUCUCAACCUUACAAUUCGGGCUCAAACUAUCUUUCAGUACCGGGCGCUGGCGAUUCUCGAAGCCGCAGCGGUUCUCAGUCCAGCGACCAUGAAAGAGUCAGUGCGUCAAAGGAGAACUUGGCGCAUUUAGCCCCUCAGACCGUUCGUUGGGAGGGAAAAGACACACCUAUUAGAGUUCGCGCAAACUCCGAUCUUCAAUCAUCCCCGAAGCCAGAUCGUCCUCAAGAUGGUUCGCAGUCUGCUCAUCCUGAUAUUCAAUAUCGGGAAGGCCAAGUGGAAAUUUUCAAGCGACUGGAGACUACCAUCGUAGCUGCCUUCAAAGGAUGUGACUGUCUCAAUGAAUCAUUCACCACUCAUCCACCUCUUCGAUCGGCCAGUAGUGGCAAUCCACCGAAAAUGAAGAUGGACCCGGCACCAAUGCCUGCACCAGCACCGGAUGCCCCUGUUUUCGAACCGGAUGCUAAAACACUCCUUUUGGGGGACCUGACUGAGAAUUCAACUUGGUGGAUGAACGAAUGGGCCGAGGCUGAAGGACAACCACAAGUCUCUGCAAAGGAGAAAAGUACGCCGAAGUCUCGGAUGGUCUCAUCUCGAAGUCCGCGUAUCAACUGGGCAGAGGUGUCCCAAUGGUACCAUCUAAUUCUGAGCGCAGGAAGCUCUUGGGCUGAGCAGUGGGCUGCUAAAAAGCCUGACCCCACACGCUCAGAGGCAGACAUGCUACGAGCCAAGAGAUGGGCUUCCAUUGACCCAUCUUUGAUCGGUAGACAUAUCAGCGAGUCUCGUUCCCAUUUGCAGCGAACGCUGCUGAAGGCCACUGAGAAUCUUCUUAAACGGCCGCGCCGUGUUCUAAAGAAACCAGAUGACACGAGAUUCUUAUUCAUUCUGCUAGCGAAUCCUAUCCUGUUGUCUCCUGCAUCGUACCCACAGCACCCGCCAACACCGAAGUCUCAUCGUGAAGAGAGGCGCCCAUCGCAACCAAAAGACCAUCCCAAGCCAGCUGCCCGCAAUGGCAAACAUAAAGAACCGACCAAACCGCUUCCUCGUUUACCAGGCUCCCACCACUAUGGAAUCAUCAAGCGAGUUUUAGGCCUCAUGUCCAAUUUACCGAAUGAUUGCCAUCACUACUUUGUGUCUUGGUCUGCACGUUUCUCAAUAGGACAUUUUGAGCGCCUGGUGGAGCUCAUUGGUGGAUUCUUGACUUACCGUUUGAGCCGACAGCAUGGAAGGAAGCCUCCCAAAAAGCUUCAAGAUGGGGAUGAUCUGAUCCCAAGCUUUGCCAGUGCUUCGGGUAACACUCCAGCUGAACUUCAUGCUGCUAUCAACCGAAGGGGCCCAAACAAGAAGCCCGUCAAGAAAACCGAAGACCCAGUAGUCUACACAGAAGACUGGCAAAUUCGAGCUGCCGCAAGGAUCAUGUCAUUACUUUUCACGGCGAACAUCUCUGGCUCUACGAGGAAAUCCGACGGAUCACCUCGCCAACUUGAAUUGCCCAAGAACCCUGGCCCUCGCCAGGGCCACAUGAUUCCUAUCAGUGCGUUUUACAACACACUACUUGACUAUUCAGAUUUGAUUGGAGAUUUUGAAAUCUGGGAGUCUCGAAGCUCGAAGUUUUCGUUCUGCCAAUAUCCAUUCUUCCUCAGUAUCUGGGCCAAGAUUCACAUAAUGGAGCACGAUGCACGCCGCCAAAUGGAAGUAAGGGCCCGUGAGGCCUUCUUCAAUAGCAUUCUCAAUCAUCGAGCGGUCAGCCAGUAUCUUGUGCUGAAGGUACGACGCGAGUGCCUUGUUGAAGACAGCUUGAAAGGAGUCAGUGCAGUUGUUGGUUCCGGCCAAGAAGAAAUCAAAAAGGGUCUCCGAAUCGAAUUCUCCGGCGAAGAGGGGAUUGAUGCCGGUGGUCUGCGAAAAGAAUGGUUCCUUUUGUUAGUGCGAGAGGUCUUCGAUCCUCACCAUGGAUUAUUCAUCUAUGAUGACGACUCACAGUAUUGCUAUUUUAAUCCCUACUGUUUCGAAUCAUCUGAACAGUUCUUCUUGGUUGGAGUUCUACUUGGACUCGCGAUUUACAACUCCACAAUUUUGGAUGUUGAUCUCCCGCCAUUUGCAUUCAAGAAACUACUGGCAUCGGCACCGCAAACCAGUGGGCCACAGCCUGCGAACUCUAUUCGUUCGAGCUUCAAGUGCACCUUGGAGGAUCUUGCUGAGUACCGACCGGUGCUGGCUAAAGGACUCCGAGGAUUACUUGAAUUUGAAGGAAACGUUGCGGAAACGUUCUGUUAUGAUUUCGUUGCGCAAGGUGACCGCUACGGAGAAAGCAUCACGGUUCCACUCUGUGCAGGAGGCGAGAACCGACCGGUGACCAACUCAAACCGGCGCGAGUUCGUGGAUCUGUACGUUCAUUACUUGCUAGACACUGCCGUUGCUCGACAGUUCGAGCCCUUUAAACGUGGAUUUUUCACGGUCUGUGGUGGCAAUGCACUCUCGCUGUUCCGACCAGAAGAGAUUGAGCUGCUAGUCCGUGGCUCGGAUGAGCCACUUGAUGUGAAUUCCCUUCGAGCAGUAGCCACAUAUGAAAAUUGGUCAUAUGUGCAGCCAGAGUCAGUCCCUGUGGUACGAUGGUUUUGGGAAUUCCUCGAAAGUGCGCCACCGAAGCAGCAGCGCAAGAUUCUAUCCUUCAUCACUGGCAGUGAUCGAAUCCCCGCAAUGGGGGCUACGAGUCUCAGUAUCAAACUUGCAUGUCUUGGAGAUGACUCUCCCCGCUACCCAAUUGCACGGACGUGCUUCAACACGCUGGGCCUGUACCGCUAUUCCUCACGAGAUAAGUUCCUAUCUCUGCUCUCCGACGCAGUCGACAACAGCGAAGGAUUUGGCUUGAAAUAA